UGCCCCUGGGCCUUGCCGGGCCAGUAGACCCGGACCACCCGGGCCUGAUACCCGGAGCCUCCCCGUCCCACGUCCUUGGGAGGAAUAAUCCAGCUUCACCGGGACAGUCGCAGGAUCUGCAGUGACGACUGUGCGCGCGAGGUGUGAAGUGGCGCACAGCGUCUCACCCACUUACUGGUGCCGGUCUCAGAUUGAUACCGUACCUCUGAUGAAACCAUGACCAGGUGGGCACGAGUUACUACCACACAUAACAAAAGACCCUUGCCUGCAACAUCAUGGGAGGAUAUGAAGAAGGGGUCCUUUGAGCAAAAAAGCCAAAACCUACCAAAGAGUAAACAACUUGAAGCCAGUAGGCUGUCCCUUAAAAAUGAUGCACCCCAAGCAAAACACAAAAAGAACAAAAAGAAAAAGGAGUACUUAAAUGAAGAUGUGAAUGGAUUCAUGGACUACCUAAGACAAAACUCACAGAUGGUUCACAAUGGGGAUAUGACAGCAACAGACAGUCAGGAAGUGAGGGAAGAAAUUGCAAUUGCUUUAAAGAAAGAUAGUCGUAGGGAAGGAAGACGAUUAAAAAGGCAAGCAGCAAAGAAAAAUGCAAUGGUAUGUUUUCAUUGCAGACAACCUGGCCAUGGGAUUGCAGAUUGCCCGGCUGCCCUUGAGAAUCAAGAUAUGGGCACUGGAAUAUGUUAUCGGUGUGGCUCUACAGAGCACGAAAUAACCAAGUGCAGGGCUAAAGUAGACCCAGCUCUUGGUGAAUUUCCUUUUGCAAAAUGUUUUGUUUGUGGGGAAAUGGGGCACCUGUCCAGAUCUUGCCCUGAUAAUCCCAAAGGAGUCUAUGCUGAUGGUGGUUGCUGCAGACUUUGUGGCUCUGUGGGACAUUUUAAGAAAGAUUGCCCUCAAAGUCAGAAUUCAGAUCGAGUGGUUACAGUUGGUCGCUGGGCAAAGGGAAUGAGUGCAGACUAUGAAGAAAUUUUGGAUGUGCCUAAACCGCAGAAACCCAAAACAAAGAUACCCAAAGUUGUUAAUUUUUGAUAAUGAUUAGUACUAUCAUAAGUUAUUAUCUCAUAGUUAUAUUCUGAACUGGGCCUUCACAAGUUGGAGCUGGGCUUCCUUGGAGAGGCCUAUAUUGCAGAUAUCAGUAUGAUCUGGGUGUAGUCAAAUAGUUUCCUGAGUUCUGUUCAUCAAGGAGUACCUCUGCUUAGAGAAAGUCACUGAAGAAAACCAUAAGAUGUUUAAAUUGGAUUCUUUAAAAGAAUUUUUUUUUAACAGAAUUUAAGUAUAACUAAAUGGUUAUAUACCUAAUUGUAACAGUCAUCUUUUUCUUAAAAACAAAAUUUUGCAGCCCUACCCAGGUUGCUCAGUUGGUUGGAGCAUCAACCCAUAUACCAAAAAUGUUGUGGAUUCAAUUCCUGA